CAGGUCUCGGGCCCUCAGGCGGAGCGGCGGGCGCCGGACCCCCAGGAGGAGCGACAGGUCUCGGGCCCUCAGGCGGAGCGGCGGGCGCCGGACCCCCAGGUGGAGCGACAGGUCUCGGGCCCUCAGGCGGAGCGGCGGGCGCCGGACCCCCAGGCGGAGCGACAGGUCUCGGGCCCCCAGGCGGAGCGGGGGCACCGAGUCACCAGGCACGACAGUGGGCUCCGAGUCAACUGGUAUGACCGCAGGCACUGGGUCAGACAUUGUAUGUCUGGCUGGACAGCGGGCAUCGGGUCACCAGGCAUCAGGUCAUUUGGCUCGACAGCGGGCACCGCGUCAUCUGGCAAGGCAGUGGGCUCCGAGUCAACUGGUAUGACCGCGGGCACUGGGUCAGACAUUGGAUCGUCUGACUGACCGGACAGCGGGCAUCGGGUCACCAGGCAUCAGGUCAUUUGGCUCGAC